AUGACUCAGUCCCCUCUCACCACUGCCACACUCAUGACUCCGCCCCCUCUAACCACUGCCACACUCAUGACUCCGCCCCCUCUUAACCACUGCCACACUCAUGACUCCGCCCCCUCUCACCACUGCCAUACUCAUGAAUCCACCCCUCUUAACCACUGCCACACUCAUGACUCCGCCCCUCUUAACCACUGCCACACUCAUGACUCCGCCCCUCUCACCACUGCCAUACUCAUGACUCCGCCCCCUCUCACCACUGCCAUACUCAUGACUCCGCCCCCUCUAACCACUGCCAUACUCAUGACUCCGCCCCCUGUCACCACUGCCAUACUCAUGACUCCGCCCCCUCUCACCACUGCCACACUCAUGACUCCGCCUCUCUCACCACUGCCAUACUCAUGA